AUGUCCGUGGACCUCAACAGGCGGUCCGGGCCUUUGAGCCUGCAGGAAGUGGAUGAGAGGCCGCAGCACCCACUGCAGGUCAAAUAUGGCGAGGCGGAGGCUGAUGAGCUGGGCAAAGUGCUGACACCCACCCAGGUGAAGAACCGGCCCACCAGCAUUGCAUGGGAUGGCCUUCAUCCAGGUAAAUUGUAUACCUUGGUCUUGACAGACCCGGAUGCUCCCAGCAGGAAGGACCCCAAAUACAGGAAAUGGCACCAUUCCCUAGUGGUCACCAUGAAGGGCAACGACAUCAGGAGUGGCACGGUCCUCUCCGAUUAUGUGGGCUCUGGGCCUCCCAAGGGCACAGGCCUUCACCACUAUGUCUGGCUGGUUUAUGAGCAGGACAGGCCACUGAAGUGUGAUGAGCCCAUUCUCAGCAACCGAUCUGGAGACCACGGUGGCAGAUUCAAGGUGGCGAAUUUCUGCAAAAAGUAUGAGCUCAGGGCUCCGGGGGCCGGCACGUGUUACCAGGCCGAAUGGGAUGACUAUGUGCCCAAACUCUACGAGCAGCUGUCUGGGAAGCAGAGGAAAGCCAGGAGAUGGACAUCGUCCCAGAGUCCCCAAGCAGUGUUUCAGUUUAGUGGUGCAUACAACCAGGGGCCACUAGCCCCCAACGUGAUACAUCUCAGGCUGGUUAUUGGCUGUCAGUGUCCCGCUCUGGCUCCUUUAAAGAGCAAUACUGGAAAAAGCAAUAAGGAAAGAGUCACUUUGCUGUUAAAGCUUGGCCAUCUAGAUGAGCUGCGGGGCUGA